AUUAGUCCCAGCCUCUUUAAAAUGCUGUGAGGUAGCAGGGAGUAGAGAAAAAAAGGAGCUGACUACAGAAAUGGAACAAUGUCCUGACAGAUGGCAAGAGGCCAUGCUUUUCCACUGACGUCAGCCACGGAUCAAUCAGGCCAUGGUGAGAUUUAAGGUGGCAGUGGUGCUCCACAUACUCUUCAGCUGGAUUUACAGAGGUGUCAUAAACGUUCGCUGCUCUGGAUACGUGUGGAUAGAGCCAGCUCCAGUCAUUCAGAUGGGUUUGAACAUUUCUAUAAAUUGCCACUCUACGGUAAACUGUCAAAUGGCAAAGUUAUACAUGAUACUAAAUAAAACUCAUAUAGAAGACAAAUUAUUAACAACAAUAAACAAAACUACAGUGCAACUUCAGCUUCAUGAUUUCAGGAAACCAUAUUCCACUGUCCUGUGUUAUGCCAAGUGUCCCAGCAAAGCGGCAAAUAUGGUAGUAUGUGGCACACAGUUUUCUGCAGGACAUCCACCGGACAGUCCGACCAAUUUAACUUGUGUCAUUUAUGAACAUUCAGACCACCUCACUUGUGCUUGGGAUGCAGGGAAGUACACCUACCUAAGUACUAAUUACAUUCUCUUCCUGAAGAGUUUACAGACAGAGGAGGAGAAAGCAUUUCCUUCAAAUGCAGCGCUCAACGUUUCAUUGAGCAAAUUACAAGGAGGCAAACUGUAUUCUAUUUGGGUCCAAGCCAAAAACGACCUAGGCACAGCACAUUCGGAUCAUCUGCAAGUUAACCUUGAGGAUUUAGUGAUACCAGCUACACCUGUUGUCACAAAUGUUGAAACUACAGACAGCUCAGCACCGAAAACCAUGCUCCACUGGAAAAAGCAAACAUCCAUGGAGAACGUAUAUUGUGAAGAGAGAUACAAAGCACUGGCAGACCAAACUUGGCAUAUGAAAGAAUGGGACAUAAAUGUGACAAGAGGGCCACACACAGACUACAGCCUGGAGUCGAACACAGAGUAUGAGUUUCAAGUGAGAUGCCGAUUAAUUCUUGCCAAAAGCUAUUGGAGUGGAUGGAGUGAGCCCUUUAUUUACACAACCCCAGAAGCAGCACCUUCUAAAAUCCUGGAUGUGUGGAGGGUUAUGGGUCCAGUAUACAUGAACGGUAGCCGAGAAGUCACAGUCUUGAUAAAGCCUCUUGCUCCAAAAGAUGCCAGAGGAAGAAUUCUGGGUUACACUGUGUUCCAUGAAAGCCAGGGAGAAUUGAUUACCUUAUGUAACACAUCAGACACCAAAUGCAAAGUUCUGGUUUCCCCACCAAUGCGUACCAUCCAUGUGACUGCAUAUAAUUCAAAGGGAAGUUCCAUGCCAGCCAGUAUAACAGUGACCCAAGAGCACAGUAAUUUUAACGAUUUCCUAUCCCCCAUCAACAUGCAGAUUAGCCAUGAUGACAACAGAGGAAUCUCUGUCAAAUGGGAACUGCCUAAAUACAUUGGAAGAUCAGUUCUGUGGUUCAUAGUUGAAUGGAUUUCUGCAGCUCAGCAUAAUCAGCAACAGGAUUUUUUAUGGAAGAAAGUCCCCAGCCAGGAUACAUUUACAUAUAUAGCGGGCGACAUCACAGCAGGAAUUCACAUGAACAUUUCAGUAUAUGCAGUAUAUCAUGAUGGAAUAAGCAAGCCAUGUCCUGGCCAACUCUAUCUGGUAGAUUUAGUGAAAAGGCUUCCAAACACAAGCAUUUAUACUGAACCUGUAAUCAUCACCACAGCUACAGGGGAGAUUUCCUAUGGUAAGAAGAUAGUAUUUCAGACUGGAGUUAACACAGCACUUGCAUCAUUGACACCAAAAUGGCUGACUGAAGAUUUUCCUAACGUGGAAAACAGCAGUGUGGUAAAGUCACUCCAGGAAAAAAGUGAUUUAAUGAGUAGCAAUUCCACCCAGUUGUUCUUGGAUAAUAAUGAUCCAGUCAUUACGGAAGUACUAGAGACAUCACUGCAAGAGGAGUGCAAGACCACAGACACCAAAAAGGGAAACAGAAAAGUGGCCACUGAGCAUAUGGACAUCUCUCAAAACUCACUGCUUGUCAGCACUCCAGAUACUGAGCAGAACAAUGGCUAUAAGCCCCAGGUUUCCAACAGAAGCCCACUGGGAAACGUAUUUAGUAAUACUUAUGAAACACAGUCCCAAGCACUGGAUCCAAACACAUAUCUCUCAAGUCAAGAUACACAUGUUUUCUUAAAAGAUUAUACAAGUCCUGUUACUUCCUUGUGGAAUGCUGAAGGAACUGGGAGCAAUAUGUUUUUACUUGAGAAGAUUAACCUUAUUUUAAACAGCAACAGAAGCGGACAGAGCAACACUUUCAAUACAACAGAUGAAGAACCUAAUAUGCUUUUGGAAAACCAGUGGAAGAGUCCACUAUCCACUGAAAAUGUUCAAGAGCAGACGUUAGUUCCAGAUGAGUUGGUCUCUUGCUUAGGAGGGGUGACUGAAGAAUCCAUAGGUAUAAAGUCCUAUUUUCCACAAACUGUUGGUAAACUAUUUCGAUAGAAAUAAUUGCAAUAAAGAAAUAAUACUAUUUUAUGGCCAUAAUACAUCUAUCUCUCUGAAUUUUCAAGCAUCAGAACUGAAAACCUAAUUCAAAAUCUGAAGUUCAUUGUCUUAAAUUGAAUCAAAAGACUUUUGGAUGAGAUAAAACACUUUGGGUCCAUAAAUCACUUA